CCUUGGCGGGAGGAUGAACCACUCGGCGACAUACAUUUUAGCUUCACAAAGGAGAGUUUUUGCGCAUUUUCUGCACAGGAGACGCCAGCUAUCGAUCUCAGGGACAUGGAAAAGGUGGCAGAGCGGCGCGCCCUUCGCGUGGAGCUACGUGUCGACGCCGGGCUCGGAGCCGCUGCUGGGCCUCUCCAUCGGGGGGGCGGUGGACCGGGCCGAACGGCGCUUCGGGGACAGGGAGGCCGUCGUGUCGGUCCACCAGGGCGUGAGGAAGACCUUCUCGCAGGUCAAGGAGGAGAGUGACCUCGUGGCCGCAGGACUCCUGGCGGCAGGACUCGAGCCCGGGGACCGCCUGGGGAUCUGGGGACCCAACAGCUACGAGUGGUUCCUCACGCAGUUCGCCGCCGCCAAGGCUGGACUCAUUCUGGUGAACAUCAACCCCGCCUACCGUCCCAGCGAACUCGAAUAUUGCCUCAACAAAGUCGGCGUCAAAGGCAUUGUCUGCGACGAGAAGUUCAAAACGUCAGAUUACUACAAGAUGCUGUGCGCCGUGGCCCCUGAACUGCCUUCCUCCGCGCCGGGUGAUCUAAGUAGUGCCGCGCUUCCCCACCUCAAGAAAGUGUUUAUCUGUUCUCAGGACAAGCUAAGUGGCACCUUCAGAUUUGAAGAUCUUUACGGAGCUGGUGAAAGUUCCCAUCGAAAAAGGGUAGAUGAACUGUCAUCUAAAAUCCAGUUUGAUUCAGCCUGUAACAUUCAAUUUACAUCCGGAACGACCGGUUUGCCCAAAGGAGCUGUUUUGUCUCAUCACAUGCUGGUGAACAACGCCUAUUCUAUCGGGAGCCGCAUCGAAUAUGCAAAAAAGCCUCAUCGCAUAUGUAUUUCGGUGCCUUUAUACCACUGUUUUGGCUGCGUCGGUGGCACUCUCUGCGGCAUGCUGUAUGGGGCCACCUCUGUCCUUCCCGGCGCUGGCUUUGACCCCGAUACCAUUGUCAAGACACUCGAAAAGGAAAAAAUCACCUCCUGCUACGGAACGCCCACGAUGUUUGUCGACAUUCUGAACGCUUUCCGCAAGAACCCGGUGGAUCUAAGCGCCAUCUCGACGGGAAUCAUGGCAGGCGCUCCUUGUCCGCAGGAAUUGGUGAUGGCUGUCAUGAACGACCUCAAGAUGAAGGACUUUUUAGUGAUGUACGGGAUGACCGAGACGAGUCCCGUGACCUUCCAGUGCUUUCCUUCAGAUCCUCCUGAAGUCCGGUCCUCCACCAUCGGCUACCCGGGAGAUCACAUUGAGGUAUCGGUUCAUUAA